CUCCAUAUAUCUUUUUUUCAAACAACUCCCCAAUCCACUCAUUUCUCUCCUUUUUUUCUUUGCAGUCCUUAGAUUAAAUGUAUAUCAAAACUUCUGCUGUUGCAGUUACCUUACUUCAAAUCGCUGGAUUCGUCCAAGCCGCUACCAGCACUACUAAAUCUACCAGCACCGCUUCUUCUACAAAGUUUGUUCUUGCUGAUUACUGGAAGAGCUUCAAUUCUAAAGUAGAUCCUCUCAACAUUACUAUUGCCAAGAUUCCUCAGACAACCUCUCUUGAUGGUGCCACUCAAUGUAAAUGGUACGAGCCUCCUGCCAACUUUGAUUUUAAAGAAAGCGAAUGGCCCAACCUUUGGGAGACCGCUACCUCUAAUGGUAUGAAUGAAACCGCCGAAUUCAAGCGAGUUUACAAUGCUAUCGAUUGGACCAAGGCACCCAACAUCAAGGUCCGUAAGAUCAGUAGUGAUGGUAGUCUUAACAUGGCUGGUUAUGACCAAAACAACGAUCCCGAUUGUUGGUGGUCUGCUUCUACCUGUACUAAGCCUAAGCAAGAAGGUAUCAACGAGGAUAUCUAUACCUGUCCUGAACCUGAAACUUGGGGUCUUACUUACGAUGAUGGACCUAACUGUUCUCACAACGCUUUCUAUGAUUAUUUGGAAGCCGAAAAGAUCAAGGCCUCUAUGUUUUACAUUGGUUCCAAUGUUGUCAACUGGCCAUAUGGUGCUCAACGUGGUCAAAAGGCCGGUCAUCACAUUGCCGAUCACACCUGGUCUCAUCAAUUGAUGACUACUCUUACCAAUACCGAAGUUUUAGCUGAGCUUUACUAUACUCAAAAGGCCAUCAAGAUGGUUACUGGUGUUACCCCCAGACACUGGCGUCCUGCUUUCGGAGAUGUCGAUAACCGUGUUCGUUGGAUUGCAACUCAACUUGGUUUGACUACUAUUCUUUGGGAUCUUGAUACCGAUGAUUGGGCUGCUGGUUCUACUGAAACUGUCUCUACUGUCAAGAAGACUUACGAAGAUUUCAUUGCUAUGGGUGCUAACGGAACUUUCAAGAAUAGUGGUCAAAUUACUUUAACUCAUGAAAUCGAUGAUACUACUAUGACUCUUGCUAUGGAAUUCCUCCCUAAGAUCAGAAAAGCUUACAAGAACGUUCUUGAUGUUGCCACUUGUAUGAACAUUACUAACCCUUACUACGAAGAUAAUGUCGUUUUCGCUCCUUUCGGUGCUGCUGCUGUUUCCAACACCAGCUCUACUGCUAGUAACACGACCGCCAGUUCUACCACAAUUGAUAUCACUCUUCCUUCCGCUUCCUCUGCUUCCUCCGCUGCUGUUUCCGCUGCCCCCUCUGCUACUGCCUCUUCUUCUGUCGCUGCCGUUGCUGCUGUCCAAAAUGCCGAAAGCUCCGCUGGUAUUCAACUCACCUCUAACAGUAUGAUCGUUGCCGCUUUUAUUGUUGCCGCUUACUUAAUCUAAGUCAUAUUCCCACCCCCACUUUUUAUGUAAACUACUCAAUCCCUCUUUUGUAAUAAAAAACCACGUACACGUGCUCUGUAAUAUUAUAGAUUAUUAUUCUUACAAAGCAUUUUAAUAAAAUGUUACAGUCAUCCGUUUUAUAUAAUCGAUUUAAAUUUUAUUUGAAAUACUGUUCAUCUUAUUAAACAAAUUUAAUAUAAAAAAUGAAGUUACG